AAAGAAAUAAAGCAGAUGACUAAAGGUUUUGAAGAAAAGCUGGGUCAAGGAGGGUUCGGUAUGGUGUAUAAAGGAAAGCUACGUAGUGGUCCAUUUGUUGCCAUAAAGAUGUUGAAUAAAUCAAAGGCUAAUGGGCAAGAAUUCAUCAGUGAAAUCGCAACCAUAGGAAGAAUACACCAUGCCAAUGUGGUUCGACUAAUUGGAUUUUGUGUUGAGGCAUCAAAACGUGCUCUUGUUUAUGAAUUCAUGCCCAAUGGCUCUCUUGAUAGACAUAUUUUCUCUAAAGAGGAUAGUAUUUCUUUAUCUUACGAGCAAAUAUACGAGAUUUCUCUUGGAGUGGCUCGUGCUAUUGCUUAUCUGCAUCAAGGUUGUGACGUGCAGAUUUUACAUUUUGAUAUCAAGCCCCAUAACAUCCUUCUUGACGAGAACUUUACCCCUAAGGUUUCAGACUUUGGCCUCGCAAAGCUUUAUCCAAUAGACAAAAGUAUUGUGACUUUGACAGCAGCAAGGGGAACAAUUGGAUACAUGGCCCCUGAAUUAUUCUACCAUAAUAUUGGGGGAGUUUCGUACAAGGCUGACGUCUAUAGCUUUGGAAUGCUUUUGAUGGAAAUGGCAAGCAGGAGAAAAAACUUGAACAAAGAAGCAGAGCAUUCAAGUGAGCUUUUCUUUCCUCUUUGGAUUCAUGAUCAAUUGAGCAGAGAAAAUGAGUUGGGAAUGGAAGAUAUUACCGAGGAAAAGAAUGAUAAGGCAAAGAAGAUGUUCGUAGUUGCGUUAUGGUGUAUACAGUUAAAACCAAGUGAUCGUCCUUCAAUGAACAAAGUAGUAGAGAUGCUGGAAGGAGAAAUUGAGGGCAUUGAUAUGCCACCAAAACCUUCCCUAUAUCCAGAUGAAAUGAUUCAAGAGGAUAUCACAACCAACUCAGACCAAACUCUAUCAGAUGAUUCUAUUGGUUCUACAAGUUAUCUUGAGGAAAGUUAUGUUCAUACUUUAUACAAGUAUUCUGCUUCAUAA